GACUUUCUAAAAUGGCCGCGCCCUGCAGCGGGUGCAGUGUUGUGCAAACGAGUGGAGAUGACAGUUGAGGAGGCGCAGAUUUUAGCGACACUGAAGCAGAGACACGUCCCACAAACUCCUCAGACUCAUCUCUACUGCUAAAAUGAGCAAGGACGAACUUAUCCUCCCCAAAAACUUCCCCAAGCUUAAGAAUGACACGUUCCUGAGAGCAGCUCGAGGAGAAGAGACGGAGCAUGUCCCUGUGUGGUGCAUGAGGCAGGCAGGGCGGUACCUCCCAGAGUUUCGGGAGUCCAGAGCUGGAAAAGAUUUCUUUGAUACAUGUCGCUCACCAGAAGCCUGUUGUGAGCUUACUCUACAGCCCCUGAGACGUUUCUCAUUUGAUGCUGCCAUAAUUUUUUCUGAUAUUUUAGUAGUACCCCAGGCCUUGGGUAUGGACGUGCAGAUGGUUGCAGGUAAAGGGCCCACGUUCCCUGACCCCCUAAAGGAGCCUGAGGACCUGCAGCGGUUAUGCCCCAAAGUGGAUGUAGAGAAGGAGCUGGGAUACGUCUUUAAGGCCAUCACCCUAACCAGACACAAGAUCGAGGGAAAAGUGCCACUCAUUGGAUUUACUGGAGCUCCGUGGACCUUGAUGUCAUACAUGAUUGAAGGUGGAGGUUCAAACACUCACUCUAAAGCCAAGCGCUGGUUGUACCGACACCCAGAGGCGAGCCACAUCCUGCUGAAGAUGCUCACAGAUGUCAUUGUGGAGUAUUUGCUGGGACAGGUGGCAGCAGGGGCACAGGCUCUGCAGGUGUUUGAAUCCCACGCAGGUAUUCUUGGCCCGGUUCAAUUCAAGGACUUCUCUCUUCCAUACCUCCGAGACAUCGCCAAACGAGUGAAAGAAAAACUCAAAGAGACAGGCCAGGAUGUUCCCAUGAUUGUGUUUGCUAAAGACGCUCACUAUGGCCUGGAGGAUCUCUCCCAGUCUCACUAUGAGGUGGUGGGACUGGACUGGACCAUUGACCCACGAUCAGCAAGGGAGCGCACAGGAGGGAAGGUCAGCCUACAGGGAAACAUGGACCCCUGCGCUCUGUACGCUCCAAAGGACCGCAUUUCAGAGACUGUUCAGAACAUGUUGGAGGGAUUUGGCACCAGAGGUUACAUUGCUAACCUGGGUCAUGGCCUGUACCCAGACAUGGAUCCAGAAAACGUGGGUGCUUUUGUAGAGGCAGUUCAUCAGCAUUCAAAACGGAUGAUCAAACAGAUUUAAUGAUGAGUAAAUUUUCUCUACCACUUUAGCUUAGCACAUUAGUCAGGCAUAAUGUUACAAUCGCAGCAUCUCAUAUUUUGCAUCGUAUAAGUCACUAUUUGUGUGUGUGUUCCUAUAAUAAUCAUUUCAGAACGAUACCAUUUUAGACAUGAUUUGAACCUUGACUAUUUAGUAAAAAUAACUGAAAACUAAAAUAAUUUUAUGCUUGCUAAGUGACCAUAAACCAUGCAUAUUUAAUGAGAUGAAUCCAUUCCAUGUUAUUCCACAGAUUUGCUUUAAAUAGCACUAAAAAUAAAGUAUAUGAAUGUGUUAUGCCAAAACUAUUAUAAAUAAAUCUGUCAUGCCAAAUGCUCAGACUCAUCCUCUUGUGGCUGAUCUGACACAAUAGGAUAAAUGUAUAUGUUUUAAACGGAUUACACCCAUAACACAAGUGAAUACUAUCCAUACAGAUGAUUAUAAGUGAGAAAAACGCACUCUCCAGAUCAAAUCCACCACUUCAAUUAUAGAUGGAAAUAAACCUUUUGUAGCUCCU